AUGAUCCGUGACCGCCUGGCCGAACUCAUCGAUCGCCACACUAAUCUGUUCUACGGGUUCUUCCGCAUCGGGGACAACUAUUAUCAUGGCUUAUUUGUGCUGACCUUCGACAUCGGCGUCAUUGCGGCACUUUCUGCCACUAACCGACACCUCAACGAUGUCCUCGCCAUCUACCUCCUUGCCCGCUCCAUGACCACAGUGGCACUGCUACCCGCUCAUCGUUCUGGCCCUUCCAGCCUCCUUCGACGACGUCUUCCACUCGGAUCGGAAUUCCAGAGCAUCGUACGGUUUUCAUCUUUGACCUACCGGUUGGGCAUUCCUGCCUACUUGACCGCGUUCGAUUGCACAGAGGUCUCGGAGCGGAUGAUUGCGCGACACAAAGAGUCCAUUCUCACUUCCCCCCCUUUUAGCCUUUUGCUUCUUCGAAUCUUCGACACGCCGAUGGCGAACUUCGUGGCGGAGACGCUGCUGGACCUUCCCACCACUGCCGAGUACAGCGAAUGGGCGGCCGCGGCCAGGGAGUCCCGUCGUGAUCGUGCUGCACUGCCUCCCUCGAUUACUGUUCUCUCGUCAUCGUCCGGAGUCAACCCCACUUCUUACGCCUUCACCGACGUCCCGGUCAACUUUUGGCUAUCUCCGUUUUUGCUACUUCGCGGCUGGCUUGUACCCUUCUCCCAAGCUGCACCUCGACCGCACAUCUACAACAUCAUGAACGAGGUCAUGGCGGAGGCAGCCAACAUGUUCCAUGAAGUCGUACACAUCGCUGAUAACUCCUACCACGGCCUCUUCGAGAUCGUGCUCGACUUAUAUGUCACAACCCAACUUCUUCAGGUCAGUCGUACGAUGAACUACGAGGUCAUGCAUUUCUUGCAUGGCCGCAACAUCACACACUUCAUUACCCGAGACGUUCAUCAACCACGACCUUCUCAACUACUACCAGGUGAACCUGCCCCUCGCAUGCGCGGGCCAUUCCUUCCUCCGCGCGCGCUGCCAAUCGGCACCGCCUUCGCUGAUGUGGUACGGUUUUCCGAUGCCGUGCUGACUUUGAUGAUCCCUCACGAACUCCAUACGUGGGAAGCCAUGGAGCUGUUGCAAACCCAGAUAAGGUGCCUACGAGCCCGCUCUUACUUGCUGUUGGGACAAUGCCUUCACUGCCACCGGCGCGCGUUUUUGCCCCAGUCGCUGCCGCUGCCACGUCUGGUUCUUGACAUCGUGAUCAGCACUCACCUCGGAACCCUUUUAUGCUGCCUGGGCAGAAAAGGUCACACACUGCUUGCGUAUUGCUCCAGUUGGACAGUCAUGUACCUGCCUCGCUGGUGUCCGCAGCCGUUUCUUUCCAGUAUUUACAACAUGCAGCCACUCGACAUCAGCUACGACGACCUCCGCACCUCCUACGAGCGCUUCUUUUUCCCUCACUUCCCUGUGUCGGAUCAUAUCCCUUGA